GGAUUUUGCACUAAUAUCAAAGGACACUAAACCCAGUCGAUUAUUCAAGGCUGUCUUACAUUAGAGCCUUUCACAGACUCACAGGGUUGAGUCUCAAACUACGACUGAAUGCACCCUCCAAUGUACUCAAAAGAAUGGGCUUACAUUUCAAGUGGCCAUUAGGGGCUCGUAUGCUGGCAGCACUAUAUGCAAUGAGUAUGGUUUUAAAAAUGCUGCCUGCCUUGGGCAUGGCUUGUCCACCAAAAUGUCGCUGUGAGAAGCUGCUCUUUUACUGUGACUCUCAGGGGUUUCACUCAGUGCCAAACACCACUGAAAAGGGCUCGCUAGGUUUGUCACUGAGGCACAAUUAUAUUACUGAACUUGAAAGGGAUCAAUUUGCAAGCUUCAGUCAACUUACUUGGCUUCACUUAGAUCAUAAUCAAAUUGCAACAGUCAGAGAAGAUUCUUUUCAAGGACUGUAUAAACUUAAGGAAUUAGUCUUAAGUUCCAACAAAAUCUUUCAUUUGCCAAACACAACUUUUAGCCAGCUGCUUAACCUGCAGAAUUUGGACCUCUCUUUUAAUCAGUUAUCCUCUCUGCACCCCGAGCUCUUCUACGGCCUUCGCAAGCUACAGACCUUGCACUUGCGAUCCAACUCCCUGCGGACCAUCCCGGUCCGCCUGUUCUGGGACUGUCGUAGCCUGGAAUUCCUGGAUUUGAGCACAAAUCGCUUGCGAAGUUUGGCUCGCAAUGGAUUUGCGGGAUUAAUCAAGCUGAGGGAGCUUCACCUAGAGCACAACCAGCUGACAAAGAUUAAUUUUGCUCACUUCCUCCGGCUGAGCAGCCUGCACACGCUCUUCUUGCAGUGGAACAAAAUUAGCAACUUGACAUGUGGGAUGGAGUGGACCUGGGGCACCUUAGCAAAGCUCGAUUUGACUGGAAACGAAAUCAAAGCCAUCGACCUCACCGUCUUUGAAACUAUGCCUAACCUUAAAACCCUCCUCAUGGAUAACAACAAGCUCACCACUCUGGAUUCCAAGAUCCUGAGCUCACUGACAUCCCUCACCACCGUGGGCCUCUCCGGCAAUCUGUGGGAAUGCAGCUCAAAGAUCUGCGCCUUGGCCACAUGGUUGAGUGGCUUCCAAGGUCGGUGGGAGCACGCCAUCCUCUGCCACAGCCCCGACCACACCCAGGGAGAGGAUAUUCUGGAUGCAGUGUAUGGCUUUCAGCUUUGCUGGAAUUUAUCGACUGUGGUUACCCCUGUGGCUACGACACCGUACACAGCUCCAACUACCGAGUACACGAAAAGAAUAAGCUCUUCUCAUUUCCAUGUGGGAGACAAAGAGAUUCCAACUACAGCAGGCAUGGUCGUUACCACCGAAGAACAGUUCCCCGAGCCAAACAAUGCCAUCUUCACUCAGAGGGUAAUUACAGGAACAAUGGCUUUAUUGUUUUCUUUCUUUUUUAUCAUUUUUAUAGUGUUCAUCUCCAGGAAGUGCUGCCCUCCCACACUAAGAAGAAUUAGGCAGUGCUCAAUGAUUCAAAACCACAGGCAGCUCCGAUCCCAAACGCGGCUGCAUAUGGCCAAUAUGUCAGACCAAGGACCCUAUAACGAGUACGAACCCACCCACGAAGGACCCUUCAUCAUCAUCAAUGGCUACGGACAGUGCAAGUGCCAGCAGCUGCCCUACAAAGAAUGUGAAGUAUAAUACCUACAGCCCAUCACAAAGUAAAUCAGAUAAGUAACCUACUUUAAAAUUGUAGGGACCUACAUCAGAUUCUAAUUUUUACAAAUGUUGACAUAAAGCCUAAUUUUCCAAGCUACUUAAUGGAAACAUUGUUUAUGGAGUGGUGCAGUAUUUUUAAGUUUUUUAAAAAAUAAAUCCAUAAUAUUUUCAGUGUU